UGAAGCCACUUCCUCUCUGCUGUGAAUAUGGGGGAGGUCGUAACAGUAACAUGUAUCAUGUGCGGUUUCCGUUCGUGCAAGAAGGACAUCGCCGACUUCGCAUCUCUGCAAAUAGCUUUUCCAGUCCAGCACAAGCUCCCUCUCUGAUGCCACCGAGAGCGAGAAGGCGGUGUCGUUUCUGCGCCUCCUACGGGCUUGAGCAAAGAGUGCGAUUUCUCCGGAAGAGAAAACUUUCUGCGAAGCCGAUUUGAAAGACGACGGGGUUGCUUGGGAAAGCACUUUCAGAGGAAGAGAAUGUCGACCGUGUGGUGUUGGGAGGGAAAGGUGGCCUGGCGGUGAUUUUUUUUUUUUACCGAUCUAUUUCGUUCGCUCCUGGGGAAACUUUAAAUACCUAUCGAUUGGGUAUCCUGCCUAUCGUUAGGGAGCCUGGUUAUGGCCACUUAACAAGCACAUUAGUUCGUUGUUGGGCGUGAGCCAUAAUUUGUCCACCAGCUUCAGUCUAAACUGUACCAGAAGAAGGAAACCAAAGAUAUGGAUGCAUAUAAGUCACCUGCCUGUACCAUGCAGGUCAGCUUUGUUUGCCAACGUUGUAGCCAGCCCCUUAAAUUGGACACAUCUUUCAACGUUCUUGACAAAGUCACCAUCCAGGAAUUGACAGCUCCUUUGCUUAGCACUGUUCCAACAAAACUGAGUGAUGCACAGGAGGAAGAGACCCCUUUGACUGAGGAAGUGUUUGUUGAAAAUCGCCAAGAUGGAGUAUCCAGAAGAUUCAUUCCCCCAGCCAGGAUGAUGUCAACAGAAAGUGCCAACAGUUUCACUCUGAUUGGAGAGGCCUCUGAUGGAGGAACCAUGGAAAAUCUCAGCAGAAGACUCAAGGUCACUGGAGAUCUGUUUGACAUCAUGUCUGGCCAAACAGAUGUGGAUCAUCCUCUAUGUGAAGAAUGCACUGAUACACUUCUGGACCAGUUAGACACACAGCUUAAUAUUACAGAGAAUGAAUGCCAGAACUACAAGAAAUGCCUUGAAAUCCUGGAGCAAAUGACUGAAGAUGACAAGGAAAAAUUACAGUUGGAACUGAAAGAUUUUGCUCUUGAGGAAGAGAGAUUAAUUGAAGAAUUGGACGAAGUAGAGCAAAAGCGCAAGGCACUGACUGAAGAUUUUGACAAGGUCAAAACUGAGGCUGAGAGACUGGAUCAGGAGGAAGCUGAGUAUCAAAAAGAAUACAGUGAAUUCAAGCGGCAGCAACUAGAACUGGAUGAUGAACUGAAAAGUGUUGAUAAUCAAAUGCGUUAUGCCCAAAUGCAGCUGGACAAGUUAAAGAAAACCAACGUAUUCAAUGCCACCUUCCAUAUCUGGCAUAGCGGGCAGUUUGGCACAAUAAACAACUUUCGUCUAGGCCGCCUCCCAAGUGUCCCUGUGGAAUGGAAUGAGAUCAAUGCAGCCUGGGGGCAGACUGUUCUGCUUCUCCAUGCCCUUGCCAACAAGAUGGGCCUGAUCUUUCAAAGAUACCGUCUUAUUCCAUAUGGAAAUCACUCUUAUUUAGAGUCUCUUACUGACAAAUCUAAGGAGCUGCCUCUUUACUGUUCAGGAGGCUUACGGUUUUUCUGGGACAAUAAAUUUGAUCAUGCAAUGGUGGCAUUUCUAGAUUGUGUACAACAGUUCAAAGAGGAAGUAGAAAAGGGCGAGACCCGUUUCUGUUUACCUUACAGAAUGGACGUGGAAAAGGGCAAGAUUGAAGAUACAGGUGGAAAUGGUGGUUCCUACUCCAUUAAAACCCAGUUUAACUCAGAGGAACAGUGGACAAAAGCGCUCAAGUUCAUGCUGACAAAUCUGAAGUGGGGUCUAGCUUGGGUUUCUUCGCAAUUCUAUAAUAAAUGACAAUUAUGAAGGAGAAAGAAUUCAGCAUGAUGCAAUGAUGCCAAAACUAGGACUUGGGACACUGACAGCCAUACAUUAUUUUAGAAGAAGAAAAAACUGCAAGCUUGAUAUUACAUUAUAAAAUGGAAUGAAGCAAAAAGCUUCAUAGCAUAGCUUAGAUAACAUGUAGAUAAAGUAUACAACUGAAUUUAGGAAAAGAAUCAUGUAUUUUCUCCGAUAGGACAGGAAAAGGAGACAAUAUUUGUGGUAGAGGCUCAGUUAGGAGGUUAUUGCACUAAACUAGAAAUACAAAAUAAAUACACUGAUUUUUUUUCAGAACAGUUUAUCAGUUCUAGAGAGAAGAACACAUUAAUGUAUUUUUUGUCAGAUAUGUUUACUUGUUUAUCCUAAAGCUUCCACUUUUACAUGUAGUAUUUAUCUUCAUAAUCCAUACCUCUAAUAUUUGUCUUAAACGACUAUAAUUCUUUGUGUUGUAAUGGUUAUGCAAGACUGUUGUAAAUGGUUUUGAUGCCCUAGUCAUGGACAAAAUACAUUUCUUUAAAUCGUCUUCCCUCUUAAAAGAGUAAGAUAACAAAAACUGUGUGAUAUCCAUUAAACUAUUGAAGUGUU